CCGAUAAGGGUUUGCGAAAAUGAAUUGAAUGUAAUCACAUGUGUUAGUGUCAAACUGACAUUGUGUCGGUCAUCAAAUAUGUCUUUGAUUGGAGGUGUUGCCUCUACAUAGUCUAUAAAUUUUGUGCUUUUUAAAUUUGCAUUGACACUGAUAUGCUGAACAAUUAAUUAAACUAUUCUUACGUGACUGAAGCAUGCAAGUUUGACUCAUUAUGUAUAUUUUUACUUUUAUUAGGAAUAAAUUGAUUAUGAAAAGAGCAAGACAAAUAACAUGAUGAAACAUGAUUAGCAGGACAAUAGUUCGUGACAGUACAAAACUGUCACAACUACUUCAUCAAUGUCGCAAUAUCCAUCACCAACAAUGUCUUUCUGCUUUAGAUUCACAUUCCUACGCCCACAUGCUCCAACAAAUUAUUCGAAACGGCGCCGACCCGAUCGCAGGAAAACAUCUCCACUGCCACAUUCUCAAGCGUGGCACUUCUCUUGACUUGUUUGCUCAAAACAUUCUUCUUAACUUUUACGUUCAAUCCAAUUCCUUGCAAGAUGCUUCCAAGCUGUUUGAUGAAAUGCCCCAAACAAAUACCAUCUCUUUUGUUACCUUAGCUCAAGGUUACUCCCGCGACCAUCAAUUCCAUCAAGCCCUUCACUUCAUUCUCAGGAUAUUCAAAGAAGGACAUGAAGUGAACCCUUUUGUUUUUACUACUCUUCUCAAGCUGCUGGUGAGCAUGGAUUUGGCUCACUUGUGUUGGACUCUUCAUGCUUGUGUUUAUAAGCUUGGGCAUCAUGCUGAUGCAUUUGUUGGGACUGCCCUUAUUGAUGCUUAUUCUGUUCGUGGAAAUGUCGAUGUUGCUCGCCAUGUUUUCGAUGACAUUUGUUGCAAGGACAUGGUGUCUUGGACUGGGAUGGUAGCUUGUUAUGCUGAGAAUUGUUUCUAUGAGGAGUCAUUGCAACUUUUCAACCAGAUGAGGAUUAUGGGGUACAAGCCCAAUAAUUUCACCAUUUCAGGUGCACUUAAGUCCUGUCUUGGUCUCGAGGCGUUUAAUGUUGGGAAAAGUGUUCAUGGUUGUGCUUUGAAAGGUUGUUAUGAUCAUGAUCUGUUUGUUGGCAUUGCAUUGCUUGAGUUAUAUGCGAAGUCUGGGGAGAUUAUUGAUGCACAACGGCUUUUUGAGGAAAUGCCAAAAACUGAUCUUAUUCCUUGGAGUCUGAUGAUAGCGCGGUACGCUCAGAGUGACAGAAGUAAAGAGGCUUUGGAUUUGUUUCUUCGAAUGAGGCAAACAUCUGUUGUCCCUAAUAAUUUUACAUUUGCUAGUGUGCUGCAAGCUUGUGCCUCUUCAGUUUCGCUGGAUUUAGGAAAGCAGAUUCAUUCUUGUGUGCUGAAAUUUGGGUUGAACUCAAAUGUCUUUGUGUCGAAUGCCAUCAUGGAUGUUUAUGCCAAGUGUGGUGAAAUUGAGAACUCCAUGAAAUUGUUUGAGGAAUUGCCAGAUCGGAAUGAUGUGACUUGGAACACUAUAAUCGUUGGUUAUGUUCAGUUAGGGGAUGGGGAGAGAGCAAUGAAUUUAUUUACACAUAUGCUUGAACAUGACAUGCAGCCAACUGAAGUGACAUAUUCAAGUGUUCUCCGUGCCUCUGCUAGUUUAGCGGCACUAGAACCAGGGCUUCAGAUUCAUUCCUUAACCAUCAAAACUAUGUAUAACAAGGACACUGUAGUUGCAAAUUCUUUGAUAGAUAUGUACGCUAAAUGUGGAAGAAUCAAUGAUGCCCGACUGACAUUUGAUAAGAUGAACAAAAGGGAUGAGGUUUCAUGGAAUGCUAUGAUCUGUGGAUAUUCUAUGCAUGGCAUGAGUAUGGAGGCUCUAAAUUUAUUUGACAUGAUGCAACAUACCGAUUGCAAACCUAAUAAACUGACUUUUGUUGGUGUCCUGUCUGCGUGUAGCAAUGCAGGAUUAUUAUACAAAGGACAAGCUCACUUUGAAUCAAUGUCAAAGGAUUACGACAUUAAGCCAUGUAUAGAACACUAUACUUGCAUGGUUUGGCUUCUUGGACGAUUGGGCCGUUUUGAUGAAGCAAUGAAACUCAUUGGAGAAAUUGCAUAUCAGCCUAGUGUUAUGGUGUGGCGUGCAUUGCUUGGUGCGUGUGUUAUUCACAAGAAAGUUGAUCUAGGAAGGGUUUGUGCCCAACAUGUACUUGAGAUGGAGCCACAUGAUGAUGCAACCCAUGUACUACUGUCAAACAUGUACGCCACUGCAGGGAGAUGGGACAAUGUUGCUUUUGUUAGAAAAUAUAUGCAAAAGAAAAAAGUUAGGAAAGAACCUGGCUUAAGCUGGGUUGAGAACCAAGGUGUUGUUCACUAUUUUUCUGUGGGUGACACUUCUCAUCCUGACAUUAAACUAAUAUGUGCAAUGCUUGAAUGGUUAAACAAGAAAACCAGGGAUGCAGGGUAUGUUCCUGAUUGCAAUGCUGUUUUGCUUGAUGUACAGGAUGAUGAAAAAGAGCGACACUUGUGGGUACAUAGUGAAAGACUAGCAUUGGCUUAUGGACUAAUUCGGACUCCGCUAUCAUGUUCUAUUCGCAUUAUUAAAAAUCUUCGUAUAUGUAUAGAUUGUCAUACUGUUAUGAAGCUGAUCUCGAAAGUUGUGCAGCGAGAAAUUGUUAUCAGAGAUAUAAAUCGGUUUCAUCAUUUUCGUCAUGGGGUGUGCUCAUGUGGUGAUUACUGGUAACUGAUAACGUAGUAUAAAAAUAGGAUAUAACUUGUUUAGUUUAGCGGGGAGGUGGAUGUCAUUCAUUGUGAAGCAAGUUCAAUGGUAUUUUGGGCAAUUCAAUAUAUAUGCAACCUUGGAUGAAUGACUUAAAUCGCGAGGUACAUUUUUAUCAGUUCACAAACUUUCCCAUGUUUUUUCUCCAUUUGAGGUUUGAUCCAUUUCCAAAACAAGAUCCGUUGAGGACAAUAACAUAUUGACCUAUUAUGUUAUUACUUGUGGAUAUGUAGCAUUGUUGUCAUGAAUAGGUUAAACAUUAUUAUUUUUUUCUUAUGGAAGAUUAAAGAGAUUAUUAUUAA